CUAUCUUUGCAAUGGUGUGAGGGUCAAUUAGCAUAUUCCUUCUUUAUUAGAUAGGAUGGUCAAUCUUUCAGUGGCAUGUUCAAGGCUCUGAGAAGCCCUGUAGUAGAGAAACCUGUUUAAGCCAGCAUUUUCCAACCUCACUUGACCACAAUAUCCUUUUUCACUCACCACUCAAAAACUUGAACUUAUUUUUGUGUACUCAGUAUGGACAACAUGUCCAGCCCUGCUGAUAGAGAAGACAAGGGUCUUGGCCAGGGUACAGAAAAGAGGGGCUGUCGUCUAAGCUCUCCCCAGCCCUCCGGGCCCCCAACCCCCAGCCUAGGAAAGAGACAGAAGCCAGGAGGAACAGCCCAACCUGGUGUCAGCUGUGGUGGAGAGGCUGUGCACACUCUGCAGUGAGAGUGGGCCCAGCAGCAGCCCUGACACGCAGAGGGGCCCGAGGCAGGCGGGGAGAGAAAGCCACAGGUGGCAAGAGCAAAACCACCUGCGGGGAUCCAAAAGAGAGACACCCAGAGGGAACUGGAGAGAAAAUCGAGAGGCUGGUGAUUAGUCAUCGAGUCAGGGGUGGGUGUGCCCGUUAGGCUUCCCGGAAACUGUGGGGAGUCUGUGAGUGAUGGGCGGGGGGGAGUCAUUAGUUGGCCCAGAGUUGGGGCUAGAUAGACUAAGUGCCAUUAUCUGCUGGGGUUUCGUCUCUGGCCAGUCUGUGAAGACCGCUGAAGGCACUGCUUCCUCCUCUCUCUCCCCGCGAGUGGAGUGAGAGUGCGGGGUUGGGUGAGUGCACAGAGCUGGAAUCUGUUGAGAUCUGCCCAGGUGGGUGUGUCCCCACCCGCCCCAGGAGCAGGUCCUUCCAGCCCAGCCCAGUGCAGAGCAGUCAGCGGAAGCCAGCUUGGGGCAGCGGCAGAGCUCGACGGAGCACAGGACUCAGGAUGAUGAAGCCCUGACCAAAGGCACCCACCCCCUGGCAGCCAUCUGCCCUGCAGCCAUAGCCCACAUUCUCAAGGCCUACCUCUGCUGGCUUUGGGACUGUCUCGAUGCCGCCUGCAGGCCCUGUUCUGGAGAUGACCGCCCUGUCGGGACCUUGGUGUGCCCCGUGAUGCCCCGAGGCUCACUCCUCCGCACACUUUGGCAAGAUGUUGGCCAACUCCUCAGCAAACACUUCUACCAACAGCUCGGAUCUCCCGUGCCCUGACUACCGGACCACCCACCGCCUGCACAUGGUGGUCUACAGCCUGGUGCUCCUCGCGGCGCUCCCGCUCAACGCGCUGGCCCUCUGGGUCUUCCUGCGCGCGCUGCGCGUGCACUCCGUGGUGAGCGUGUACAUGUGCAACCUGGCGGCCAGCGACCUGCUCUUCACCCUGUCGCUGCCCGUGCGCCUGCCCUACUACGUGCUGCACCACUGGCCCUUCCCGGACCUCCUGUGCCAGACGGCGGGCGCCAUCUUCCAGAUGAACAUGUACGGCAGCUGCAUCUUCCUGACCCUCAUCAACGUGGACCGCUACGCCGCCGUGGUGCACCCGCUGCGGCUGCGCCACCUGCGGCGGCCCCGCGUGGCGCGGCUGCUCUGCCUGGGCGUGUGGGCGCUCAUCCUGGUGUUCGCCGUGCCCACGAUGCUCGUGCACAAGCCCUCGUCCUGCAGCUACCGCGGCAAACAGGUGCGCCUGGUGCUGAUGGUGAUGGUGCUGCUGGCGGGCGCCAACUGCGUGCUCGACCCGCUGGUGUACUAUUUCAGCGCCGAGGGCUUCCGCAACACCCUGCGCGGCCUGGGCUCUCCUCUCGGGACCAGGACCUCGGCCACCAACGGGGAUGGAGGGACGCUCGCCCAACUGCCCCAGGGGACCACCCGCGCCAGCGGGCCUGCUGCCUCCAGCCAAGGACUGAUCAGGCAUUCCUAUCCCCGAACGCCCAUCCCCGAGGAUUCUGUCCUCUAAACGAUCAUGGGGCCCUAGCCCGGUUACACCCACCUCCAUCCCCUCGCGGCCCUCCCACUGGAAAACUUGCAGGGUGCGCACAGGAGGGCGGUGGAUCCGACACUUGGAUUUCUGGGUGGCGACUCCAACUCAUAAAUGCAGAAGGAGCAAAGUGUGGGAGCAAGGGGCACGGGGAAGGGAGGGUGCUGGUGGGAAUGUCCUCUUUAAGUUCGUGGUGAUGAUGAGCAUAGAAAAGAAGACCCCGUCCCCUGUCUGUAGGAAGGGGUGGUGCUGUGAGCCUGCCAAGACAGGGGCAGAGGAAUGGGUGAAAUGCCCUCGCGGGGGACUUGAAACACUGCCCAGCGCUAGUAGAUGUAGCAGAAAAAUGGAUGUCUGGGUUUUAGACGGACCACAGCAGUCUUAGGGCCAGAGAUGCCACCCACAUUUCAUUCCCACCUGGGCUUCCCCUCCCCGCAUUGAGGCACAAUACAAGAGUUUAUUGGAUAAGACA